CAGGAAAGAAGACCUAUCUGUUGCUUCUCUUAUUUGUUGACUUUAUUCUAUUGCCAAAAUACUGGAUCGUUAUCUAACACUAAGCAAUAUCCCCCUCUUUUGACGGCCCCUAAAAACAACCUAAGCAAAAAAGUAAGAUCAUCCACGAGAUAAGCUUCAACAGAAAGUUUUUUAAUAUGAAGAAUAUAAAGGUAAAACGAGUUUUAACGUGGAAAUUUGCAAGGACAACCGUAAACGGAAUCAUUAGCGUCUGUCUCUUUUUCUGCUUUUAUCAAAUCGUUCUUUAACAUAACUGCAGUAUAAGCAAGGUGGUACUAGCUUGUUUAAUUCAAGUGCCGAUCAUGUCAACAUUUGUUAUAUUUAUAUAAACAUAAGUCCUUCUCCAACGAUUUUCUCUAGAAUUAUUAAUGAAACAGUAUUUACUAAGGAACGUUUUCUUGAUGUUUGUACAAGCUAUUUGUGCGGUGGAUCAUUGAUUUGCAUGGUUGAAGGAGAGCCUUAAAGAGGAGGUGGCACCUACUUUUGCGAUACCGAACUCGUUCAUUCUUGUGUAGCAGGUAUGGUCUGGUGGCAAUCCCAUUUCUAGACGUAGUAUUUUGUACGGAAGCAGAUGUGCUUGUACUGAGGCCUGGUGUAAUGAAUUCAUUGUUCUUCGUGCAAUCGUUGCCGACAUCGUCUGGAUGGGCUAUGGAUUUUUGCAGCUGCACCUAUAUCUCACACAAUUACAUUUACAAUAAUCAUAUCACAACAUUUUUGAGGCCAUGAUGAGUAUCAUAUAUACAGUGAGACCACAAACUUGUCUAACUUUCUAUAUACGCUAACAAAAUACUUGAACGCACCGCUCAGCAAUGAACUUUUCAAAGAACGAGUCUGCUGCAUGCAGCAUCGUGAACCUCACUGUUUCUAACUUGACUCAGCUUUGUGCAAAGAUUUUUAAACAGACAGACCAUUCUGAUGGCGGAUCUGGCGAUGCAACAUGGGUUCUUACGAGUGCAUUUAUUAUCUUCACCAUGCAGAGUGGCUUUGGUUUACUCGAAGCUGGUAUGGUGUCGGCGAAAAAUGAGUGUAACAUCAUGAUAAAGAAUAUGACCGAUGUCAUUUUUGGAGGAUUGUCUUAUUGGCUGAUUGGAUACGGACUAAGUUUUGGCACAGACUCGGGCUCAAAUGGCUUUGUUGGGGUUGGCAGUUUCUUGACAGAUGCUGAGCACAAUGAGAUGGGCCAUGUUUUUGCAAAGUUCUUCUUUCAACUGUCAUUUGCAACAACAGCAACAACAAUCGUAUCUGGUGCAAUGGCGGAGCGAACGAGGCUCGAAACCUAUAUGCUGUAUUCAUUUAUAAACACAUUUUCUUACGUAAUGCCCGCUCACUGGAUGUGGUCUGAAUCCGGAUUUCUAAAAAGAAUGGGAGCGAUCGAUAUUGCCGGAGGCGGUCCAGUUCAUUUGGUCGGCGGGUUUUCCGCACUCAUUGCCACUCUGUACUUGAAAGAAAGAACUGGGAGGUUUGACAAAGAGUAUGAGAUUGAAAUGGCAUCGCCUACUAAUGCAGUGCUCGGAACCUUUAUGCUGUGGUGGGGAUGGCUUGGGUUCAAUUGCGGUAGUACAUUUGGAGUAAGCAAAGGAAAAUGGAAACUAGCAACCAGGGCUGCGAUAAACACAAUCAAUGGCUCCAUUGGUGGGGCAAUCGUGGCCAUUAUCUAUAGCUGCAGGCUGAACAGAAAGUACAAAAGAAAGCUCAAUAUUGGGAUUUUUACUUCUGGCAUACUUGGAGGGCUUGUUGGAAUCACAGCAAUUUGCACACUUUGUAGGCCAUGGGAGGCACUAAUAAUUGGAGCCGUUGGAAGCGCCAUGGCAUGUCUAGGAAUAGAUUUGUUGGAAUGGUUGAAAAUCGACGAUCCAGUUGGUUGUGUACCUGUGCAUGGAUUUUCUGGAUUAUGGGGUAUGGUUGCAGUUGGAUUGUUUGCUGAAGAGGUCUCAAUCGAUUCUACUACAAACUCAAAAACAAUUGGAGUAUUCAAAGGAGGUUCCUUUGUGCUUGUGGGUGUUCAACUGUUGGCUUGUCUCUGUAUCACCGUCUGGGCUGUUGUUACAAAUCUAAUAGAGUUGAUCAUAGCAGACAAACUGCUCGGUUUGCGAGUCUCAAAAGAGGAGGAAUCGCUUGGUGCUGACUUUUGUGAGCAUGGAAUUCGCUCAUCAAGUAGAGCUAUAGGCACCAACACUUCAGAGAUGGCUAAGGAAAACAACCAGUUGGGGGAAGUCAAUCUAUCAUGUGACGUCAUUGAUGGAAAUCACCAUGAGCAAGGUUUAACAAGAAGAAAUAAUAUUGCAAAUAAACAGGAUACUGUUGCCAACACAGAUGGUGUCAUAGGCAACCAUAAUGGCUGCAUGACUACAAUUGAUGUAACAGAUACUGAUGGCGACGACACAUGGACCUACGGAUAAAACAGGGCCAAUAUUAAAGAUGCUUUCUCGGUAUUUAGGCAAUCAUAUUUUUGAUGGACAUUGUUUGAUUCAACGAGUUUUGUAUAUUUUUAUGGCCAGAACACGACAACAGUGACGAUAUCAUUUGGAAUUUAAGAAACCACCAAAUCACAUACAGGACAACUAUGAGGCAAUCACUAUCACAUGAUUCUACUUGAAGCCAUCACAAAAUCAAACUUUGUCAAGGAUACACACUUAAAGCUGCCGUUGGAGUAUGGGAUUGCAUCGCUACAUAAAUAUCGUAGAAGCAAGUCACGACUACUUACUUUCAAAUUGUUACAUCUUUAAAGAGGAUCAGAAACGUGAAUUUGAGAAGCAACCAAUUGACUAAAGUUGUGACCUACAUAAAGUGAAUUGCUUUUCAUAUUAUUAUGAUUUAUGUUGAGUUAUUUUGUUUUUUGGCUUAUUUUUGAAGUAUAAUUCGUUUUAAUUGUCUUACAGCUAAUUUAUUACUUGAUAUGUUUUUAAUUAUGACUGCACAUUUUGGAUCUACACGGUACAGUUGGUUAUCACUGAGCGUUAAAACAAAGUUUGGUUAAAAUUCGAAAAUAGUAAUCCAAGAAGAUAGUGAAUGAGCAAUGCAAGAGAUAAGUGGGUCAAAAAUGGAGAGACCACAAAUAUUUUCACUCCCUUCUAUGAUUCUGCCUCGCAAUUAUAAGUUUCCUGGUUACGCCAUUGUGAAACAAGGCCAUUUUAAAAAUACUAAAUAGGGGCAAUUGCCCUUCCCGUUCCAAUGACUGUCCAAUGUUAAAACAAUAGGCUAUAUUACUCCCCUUUAAACAAAGGCUUGCCCUUGCAGGUUUUUUCCCCUUGAUUAGGCUAUGUUGUAAAAGAGUCCCUUUAAGAGCCUUCUUUCAUCGGAUGCAACAAAAAUUGUUUGAGACCAGACAUUUGACUGGUUUUGGAGGUUAAAUAGUCUACUUAUUAUCAUCAUUAUUAACACCCGUUAUUAUUAUUAUUAUUAUUAUAUUACUUCAUUUCUACAAGGGCCUACAGGUUACUGGCAACAGUCAGUGCAAAGUUGAUGAAAAGUAGUUCUGACUUCCCUACACAGGAGCAAAGGUACGAACAUCCUGACGAGCUCCUACACAGAGUAUCCUGCUGAUGAUAAUUUUCAACAUAAGAAAACUGUCACAAUAUUUUUGUUGUUGUUUGUCAGGAAGUACAUCUUAAACAACAGUCCGGAUCAACGAAUGAAUAACGUUUUGAGAACAUAUUAUGGAGUGUAAUUUAUGAGAAUACAUUAUGAAGUGAAUACAUUAUGUGAGAAUACAUUAUGAUGUCAAUUCUCUCUGCCAAAAGGUAUAAAGUUUUAUUGCAAACUUCAAUCUUUACUAUGUAUGCAGUCUGCAUGCGUGAUAUAAAUCUUUCAGUUAGAGAAUGCUUUUAUUUUCGGUGAAUCUCUUUACCCUUAUUAUAUAAAAACAGGGCCUAGCUUUCAGAAAAUCCAGAUUGGCAACCUUCUGUUAACUUCUUAUUGUGAUAUGGAAUGGCUCAUGCGGCUUGGUGACAGAGAAUAUUCUUUAAGCGAGGCAGAUAGUAUUCAGAAUGUCUUUACAGAGAUAUUAGACUUGUCAAACUCUUCUUUUCAAGCAGCUAAUGUACCUAAAAAGGAAGAUCCUGCGCAGUGAAAUGUGCAUAUUUAUACAUAUUCAAACAUUUUGAUAGAAAAUAAUGAUGGAUUUACAGAGCUAAUCGGAAGCCAGUGUUGAUAGAAAACUUCUUCUGCUUUUGAUAUGGAUAGAGUUUCUUGUUUCAAGUCUUUAAUCUUUCUUAUCUUCCUUUGAUUUCUCUUCAACCCCACAUGGUUUUUCUCCUUUCUUUGGCUUUAAAUUAACAACCUUAUCUUUUUCCUUUUUCUUUUCUUCUUCUUUAAACUGUUUAUCUUUUUCUUUUAAUUUCUUCUCAAUUUCUUUCUUUAAUUCUGCAAGUUUCGGAUUCUUAUCAUCGACUUCAACCUUUUCAUUUAGCUUUAGAGCAUUUAUGGAACCCUUUACGGUUUGGUCUCCUUCAUUGCUAUCACUUUCAUCAAUGGGCUCAUCUGAUAUUUCGAGUUCCGUAUGAAGCUUCCUAAUGCCAUAUCCUGAAAUGGUUUCUAAAAUUCCAAAAACUAGUGCAAAGAUAACGAGAUGUUUGAGAAUCAUUACGAUCGUAGUCCAUAUAAAAGUUCUCGAACAGAUUUCGCAGUAACCAGCAGUAAAAUAUACAAAAUCCUCGGUGUACGGAAAUAUAACGCUGCUGUCUUUAGAUUGAACUUUUUAAGUUCUAAAACAAUAGCUAAUUUGUAAGCUUAGAUUGCUUUAAAUGAAACACGGAGUGACAGUUUACCUGCAGAAGGAGCAAAAGAUCGCAGGUUCCUAUCCUCAGAGUAAAUGGUAUGAAUAGAGAUGUUGAAAACCAUGGUCAGAAUAGUAAUCACGAUUAACAAUCAAAAAUCACCAUUAGCGAUCAAUAAUCAUGAUUAACGAUCAAUAAUCACGAUUAACGAUCGGUAAUGGUGAACAACAAUCAAAAAUCUUUUUCAAUGAUCAGUAAUCAUGAUCUGAUGAAUUACCAUUCUUUUGCCGUUGAGAAUGCAAUUACGCAAUGUGCAAUCACUUAAAUCACAAUUUGCAGUUGUUUUAGGUAGCUGGAAUCUUAGGGGAAUCGCUGGAUAUAUAUUCAAAUAUUCCAGUUAUGAUGCACUUAUUGAUCGUGGUAACAUGCUUUAAAGAAAGGUGGUACCUGAUAUAGUCAAUCAGUAAUAGGUUGCUUGUUAGAAAUGAUAUGACAUGAUCUGAUGUGAUUUUAAGUAUUCACGAUAAGAGCAUUACAUUAAAAGCUUCUACAAGCACAAACUUCUCAACUCUCGAUAUAAAAUAUAUCUGAUUUGAUAGAAAAUAUCGGGGAGGGCGUUGUCUUAUUAGAGGCGAUUCUACAAGGGUGCAUUGGGUCACUUUCAAGGCUGAUUCACAUGCCACCAAGCGGCGAGGUGACCUGCAUGCUUUCAUUAAACGGCGGAGAAUAUUCACAAAUCUAUUUUUCUAAUAAACAACUGAGAACUGAACUUAGAUUAGAACUUUCUCCUUCCGAACUGAAAUGGAGGAAACACCUAGCAUCUAAGAAUCUAAGAUGUAACUGUAGGGAAGAAACGCUUGGCAGUCGAAAUAGUUAAAUUCCAAUUUUGCAAGUUGACAAAUACAAUUUGUUCUGCAGACCACAAAAUCCAGAAUUUAGACGCAUUGUCUGUGAUAAUAUUUUAUAAAUUGUAAUAAGCAAGGGCGGGUAGUGACAUUUGCAGGUGAUUCCACAGGGAACUAAUGAAGUGAAAAGCCAUAAUGUUAUCAACGUUAUUAUUAACGUUAUUAUCACGACGUAAAUAGAGAUAGUUUGAAGUAGUGUUUCAAGCAUUCUGCAAUGAAUUUCUUGCUUGUUCUGGGCAAAACAGCACUCGUUGUGUAUAUUUUAUCCUUUCUAUCCUUCGAAGCAACGACUGGGCUAGAUUUGCUGAGAAAGUUAAAGGCAAAGAAUACUGUAAGUGCUUAUAAUUGGAACACAAGCAAGCAGCGUGGUAAAAGUGCUGAAAAAGUGCAUGCAAAACACAAUAGCAAAGGCAAAGAGGAAUACCUUGCCGAAGAAUUAGAAAGUAUAAAAGAGAAACUGAAAGAAAGAAGAAGAAAAGCAAAAGAGAAAAGAAAGAAGGAAAAACUCAAAAGCAAGAAACCAGGACCAAGGUAGCAAAAACGGAAAUUAUUUUUGACAUCAUAAAGUGGAUUGGCUAUAAAAUUAUAAUGGUGUCACGACGUAAAUAAAGACAAUUAUUGAAUAUUUGAAGCUAUACUUUUAACAUUUCUAUUGCUUACUUAUAUUUAAAUUUUGUAAAAAAAGUUUAUAGUUUUCUUAGAUGAUUUGAGUAUUUUAGGGUUAUUCAAGUCGUCGUUUAUUUUCAAAGGCCUGAUAGUAAUCUUGUUUCUCUUCAAUGCACUAAUACAAGAGCUUCAAAGUCAUAAAUGUGUAUUCUAAUAGUCAAACAACCUUUGUUGUUCCUCACUGCAAACUUUCUUUAUACUUCUGGUAGAAAAGAUCUUUCGAAAAAAAGGUAUAAACAAUAUUCAAAUCUAAAGACAAAAAGAAUACAUCUCUAAUUCAAGAAUUUGAGUUUGUCUCUCCUGUUUCAUUGGCGCUGGACAUGAAAAGAAUUAGCUUGACAGAGUGCUAUCAAAACAAUUUGCGUUGAAGUUUCAAUGAAAAUGGCAGAAAACAGUGAAUUAAGUUGAAAUAAUCCUGGACGAAGUUAUUAAGAGCAUCAUAAGGCUUGAUGGCUUUAUGCUCAAGUCUGAUCUAAAAUAUCUUCACCUUUACAAUGUUUACCUUUAAACCAAAGGAAAAUGUUUACCUUUAAAGUAGCUGCUGUGAUGGACGGAAAUUGUCAGUGAAUUUGAUAAGAUAGGAUUUGAGAAGUCAUCUAUUUUUUCAUAGCUAGUAAAUUCAGCAGCUGUUUGCAACACACAAGAUAGAGGGAACACAACUAAAGUUUGCUUCAAGGAAAUGUAAAAUAUUCAUUUGGUGCUGCAGUUAUUGUUUAUAUAAAUGGAUUGAUUCGAGUAUGUAUCGCUGUCAAGAAACAUUAGCUUAUUAGCUGAUAACUAUGUUUCAAUUUUUUCAACUUAGCUUGUCAGGUUUUCUAAAUCCAUGCUGUGUGUGAUUUAAGCGUACAAACAUUCUUGUACUGUUUGGUAAACAUUCGAGUUUAGCGGGUAAAACAAAAGCGCGCAAAUGUGCGUGUUUUCACGCGUGUAUUCGCCAUCCGUGUAAUUGAGCAGGUAAAGAAGCGGCUCCUCCUUGAACCUGUUAUCCUUGCUUAGGCAAACCAUGGAAAUCGCAAUGCAUGAAGAAGCGCUUGCUUGUAAGAUCAAAUGAUGAAUGAUCAAAUGACAUUAGCUAGGAGUUCUAGGCUCAUUCAAUUGCACUUGAUGGGACAUCCUUGUAAACAGCUAUCUUGGGUGUUUUCAUAUUGAGAGAAAACCAAGAGCAAAAAUGAUAAACAAACUAUUUUUACUGGUGCUUGCUUGUGCAAAUAUUUACUGUCUACCUUUAGACAAACAAGAGGUUGACAUAGAAACUGGGGAAAAUGAUCCCGUCAUCAGCAAAAUGUAUGCAAAAGAGAUCGAGCAGGGAGAUAAUGCCGAGGAGCCGUUACGAGACGAGAAAAAGCACCACAAGGCCAAUAAGAAACAUUUGCAUGGUACUUUGAUUGGUCCACUUCAUCAUGGCCAUGGAGGACAUCAUGUUCCAAUUGGUCUUCCAAUGGACGAAGGUCUCCAUGGGUACGGUCAUGAUAUGCAUCAUAUAGGUUACGGUGCACCACAUAUUGGACAUAUGGGCCAUCAUGGUCAUGUUACGCAUCGCCUACCUGGACACGGGUCUCCACUGCCAAUCAUCUUCCCCCACGAACGUCACCAUCCUCAUCACCAUCACUCACACCAUCAUGCCGCUCAUUUUGGAUACCCAGAAUACAUGCCUCUGCCAUAUGCAAUGCCGAUGUGUGUCAUGGAAAAGGAUGAUGAUGACAAAAAGAAAAAAGAUGACAAGAAGAAGGAUGACAAGAAGAAGGAUGAUAAGAAGAAGUCAAAACGUCAGCUUGUCCCUUGUCAUUAUUACGGACCUCCUUCUGCAGGAUGGGGAGCAUACACACCAGGUUGGACUGGAGGCGGAUGGGGAGCACCUUUCUGGUACUAAAAUCAAACUUGGACGAUAUAUUGAGCUCAGAACUUUUCCGAUUUGAACGUACUGUAUCAAAGACGACAAUUUUAAAAUUGGACGAAGCUGUUAAAUUUAUGGGUUAUUGUGUAUUUGUAUCUGUAUAUAAAUGUUGUUUGAAUUUAGAUUUAGCUUGA